GCGGGGCUUGUUAGGGAAAUGUGUUUCCUUGUCUAUGUCAGUCGAACGACGGAACGUUAUGGCGUAUUAAACCAUUAAACAAAAACAAUACAUCCAAUACAUUAAUAUUUUUCUUGGUUUCGGGUGUUUCUCUAACGGAUGGAUUCCACCGCGCGCGGGAAAGUCAGCUGGUAUCUGUGAUUCCCGGUUAUUCCCGGUGAUUGUGCGAUGAUGACCGCGGAGCUGCUGCUGUCCGACAGCCGUUACUGUGCAGAUAACCUGCUAACCAGCGAGGACUGGGAUGCCUGUCUAUAUCAGUGUGAGGACAUGGAGGAGGAUUUCACUGGAGAACUGAAGUAUAACACAUUGCUGGACCGGGAUCUGGUCCUCACCCUCGACCCUGAUGACCUCACGUCCCCAUGGAAGAACCUGGACCUCACCCUCACAGGUGAGAUGCCGAUCAUGAAGGAUGAGAUGAGAAUAACACAACCUCUGCCAGUGGACAUGUUUUUCCAGGUGAAGACCGAGCCUCCAUCCCCGUCCUCGUCUCUGACCUCUGACAGCUCUAUCCCGUCUCUACCUGAAGCUCAGGUGAUGAAGAGUGAGAAUCCUCCCACUCCACCGUACAUGUGUGGAGAUGUGCUGUCGCCGCCGCUAGCCAGGGUAGAGGUCACCGUAACCACAGCCUCCCAGAAGGCCUCCAGCAUUCUCAGCAGCAAACCUCUGCUCCAGCCCAAACCCGUGUGUGUGUCAAGCCCAGCCAAAGCCCUGAUCCUGCAGAGCCUUCCCGUUCCUGUUUCUCCCGUAGACCAGAGCACGCCUGUGGUUCUGUCUCAGUCCGUGUGUCUGGGUUCUGCUCCCGCUGUCGUAAAGAUGGAGCCGCUUUCUCCCAGCAUGCCUCACUGCAGGAGCCCAUUAGCCCCGCCCCCAAGCAAACCCAUCAUCCCCGCACCCGGCCCCCCCUCCAGCUGCGGAGACAUCGACAUGAAGGUUCUGAAGCGGCAGCAGCGCAUGAUCAAGAACCGCGAGUCGGCCUGUCAGAGCCGAAAGAAGAAGAAAGAGUACCUGCAGAACCUGGAGGUGCAGCUGAGAGAAGCUCACCAGGAGAACCAGCGCCUGCGCAGAGAGAACCAGGAGCUGCGGAUGAGACUCGCCGGGAGAGAGGCCACAGAAUCGGGCAGCAAUAAGAGAGCGGUGUGUGUGAUGGCUCUGUUCCUCUUCGUCACCUUCACCUUCGGCCCCGUCAGUCUGCGAGAGCGUUCGCUGGAGGAAGAAGCCGUUCCUCUGACCGGUCGACACUUGCUGGAGUUCCAGAGUUCUCAGGAGUCGAUCGGGAACACGGAGCGAGAAGAGGAGCUGGAGAAGGAGAGUGUACUCUCGUAUCCGUUCAGGAAUGAGAGCGACGUGUUCAGUGUUCUGCAGGACAUCGACCGGUACUUCUCCUCUCCGGACUGCAGACAGUUCAACCGCUCCGAGUCGCUCAGGCUGGCGGAUGAGCUGCGCGGAUGGGUGAACCGACACCAGAACAACCGGAAGUCUGAUGGAAAGACCAAAGCAGUGAAGAAGACUAAAAUAGCUCAGCAGAAAGCUCAGCACAGAAAGACUAACUUCUCCAGGUACCUUCCAAUCCAGGCUCAUCGGUCCAUCGAAAGUCAGCUGCAGGUUCUGCCGGGGCCGGAGAUCAGUUACAGCGACUUCAUGGAUGCCAUCGACCGGCGCGAGGACACCUUCUACGUUGUGUCUUUCAGACGGGAUCACCUGCUGUUACCCGCCAUCAGCCACAAUAAAACCUCUCGACCCAAGAUGUCUCUGGUCAUGCCUGCCAUGGCCAUCAACGGUGAGUUCAGAUCAUUUACUCGCCUUUAAAAAACUCUCGAUUC